ACUACUGUUUGUGUAGAAACCAAAAAGUAAAAAAAAAAAAAGUGUGAUGGGUGAUAUGACACAACUUUACUCUUUAUUUUCUUUGGUCGUACCGGUGGUCAUUGGCUUUGUUCUUUAUACACAUCAUCGUACUCAUGGUACUCUAACAGAUAUUACUACCGAAUCAGUUGCUUACAAUCGUACAAAAUAUCAAUCACUUUUGGACUGGGACAAAUAUUCUUUGCGUGUGGAAGGUGAACCAAUUCUAAUUCUUUCUGCUGAAUUUCAUUAUUGGCGUAUACCUGACCGUGAACGAUGGCCACAUAUUUUACAACAAUAUCAAACUGCUGGGUACAACACUAUUCGUAUCUAUUUCCAUUGGGGUUAUCAUUCACCAGCUGAAGGACUCUAUCUCUUUGAUGGCAAUCGUGAUGUGGAUUAUCUUUUAACACUUUGUGAAAAAUUGGGUCUUUUUGUCUUGGCGGCUCCUGGUCCUUAUAUUUGUGCUGAAACGCAAGGUGGUGGUUAUCCUUCUUGGCUUGUAGCCAAACGUCAUCUUAACAUUCGUCACAAUUCCAUCAUGCUCUGGCGUACUUAUGAUGCUUCCUUUGUCACCUACGAAAUUCAAUGGUUGGACCAUAUUCUACCUAUCUUGGCAAGACAUCAAAUUACCGAAAAUAAUGACCAACGACGUCGACGUGGUUGUAUCUUGGCUCUACAAAUCGAUAAUGAAUUAUUUGAAACAAUGGCUCAUAUUCUUCCUGUUGGCUUACGUGAUCAAAUGCGGGUGUUGGCCAAAGCUGCUCGUGAUGCUAAUAUUACUGUACCUCUAUUUACCAACGAUGGAUUCGAAGAAGGUGGAUGGGUUCCUGGGAAAAAACCAAAUUUCUGGUCCAAGUAUCCUUUUGGUAUCGAUUUAUAUGGAUUUGAUAAAUAUGUUGUGUUUGCUCCUUCAAGCUCUCCAAAAAGUUGGUUGAUUGAUGGUGGUACCACUUCUGGUGAAUGGAAAGAUUGGGAUCCCAAGAGAAUGGAAAAUUCGAUGGACAGACUUGAAAAAACAGUACGAGGAUUUGGUGGGGGUGCUAAGGAAUCACCCAUAUUUAUUCCAGAACUUCAAGGUGGAUGGUUCAAUCAUUAUCAAUUACAACACACAUAUGAUCAGAUAUACGACUUUUAUGGUGAUCAAUACACAAAGUUGUUAUUUGAAAGUUCAUUGGCUCAAGGUGUGACCAUGGCUAGUCUCUAUAUGGUAUAUGGUGGGACGAAUUGGGGGACUUUGGGUGAUCCUGAUGUCUAUACUUCAUACGAUUAUUCUGCAUGUAUUCGUGAAUAUGGUUAUUUAUCCUCUCGUGGACGCAAUCUUCGACAAACACUUAUCUUUGCACAAUCAUUCGAACCUUACUUCACUCGGACCGAUCUUCUCAAGAAACCAACAAUGGGAUCUCCUGUACGAGAAAUCAUCAAUCGACAACGUGUGGCUGUUGGCGCUGAUCAAGAUGUUGUAUUUACCUUUUUCCGCAACUUUGACCGCAAGAAACGUGAUGAACAUGUCAUCAAUCAGAAUUAUGCUGGCAAAACUAUUCAAAUGAAGAUUCAAUUUGGCUACAAGACAUCAUUUAUUGGUAUUGGCAAUUACAAGACCAUCAAUGGACUUUCACUUCUUCAAGCAAUCAUACCUAUUCAUGCUCGUAUGGUAAACCCUGACACAAAAGAAGAAAUUUGGAUAGUGGAAUCGACGCCCUCUGGACUUGGUGAACUUGCUUUCGAGAAUGUGGGAAUGACUAUUACUGGCAACAUGCAACCAGAAGUUGUAACGGUAGAAGAAUCAGUCUCCUUGAUACGAUUCAAACGCUCAGAUGGUUGGACAAAACUAGCGAUAAAUGGAGAAGGCGCUCUUUAUAUUAUUGGAUUGGAAUCAAAUAACAUUAGUACUCUCUACGCCGACUUUCAACCUUCAUAUUGGAACCGAGGAAGCACGAAGAGUAGAUAUCCUGGAUUAUUGGCUUGGGGUGCUGAUCAUCUUUAUUACAAUCAGGAAAACCAAGAAUUGGAAGUGGGCUAUAAUAUUCACGACACUGAAGUUCACCUGUUAUCAUUUACUAAACCAAUUGACCAACAUAUGAUUGUACAUGAUCAGAUGCCUUAUCUUUACACCAAAAAACUAGCAGAUCGUUCUCUUGAACAACAUUCGGUGGUACUUCCUCUUAUCAAUUGGAAAUAUCGUGAUGUGAACUGGAAUACCCUGAAUUGGCAACCUUUGAAACGCAACGAGAAAAAUAAACUGGUAUGGGAUGCCAUUGAUUAUCAUUUUACAAGCGGACAUGUACUCUAUCGCAAUCAAUUCAAGACACCAGGACAAGCCGAUCCUCAUGUUCAACUGUCUCUCAAUGUUCGUCAUCGUGCAACUGUAGUAGUGAAUGGACAUAUUGUGGGUGGACAUACAACGUACUCUCGACAAUUAUUCUCAGCUGGAGCAAAAAUAGGUCCUGAUCCAUGGUUUAUUGGCACGCAUAACUAUGACUUGACGCCUUAUCUCACACAUGAAGGACGACAAUUGGAAAAUACUUUGGUGAUCAUUGUCGAUAGUUUUGGACUCAAUCGUCAAGCAUUUAUUAUGAAUGAUAUUCGCAACCCUCGUGGUAUUAUCAAGGCAAAAUUGAAGGGUGUGGAUAUCAGUCAUCAACAAGUGGAACAAGGUUGGCAAAUCACUGGUGUAGACGUUGGUAAACUUAGUCAAGCAUACAACACAACUGGAUUCCCUGAUGAACAAUAUGAAGUAGGAUACGAAUCUUUUACACCUGGAAUGGAUUCGACACCACCUUCACCUACUGUCACCCCCAUAACACAUACCAAUGAACAACAACAACAACAACAACAAGAAGAAGAAAAGUAUGAUUAUCGUAUGCCUAUGAAUCCUUCUCAAGGUGUUCGAUGGUUACAAUUUAAUUUUGACAAUGCAUGGAAACAAGAAAAUCAAAGAGUCCCACUUCGUUUACAUUUGGAUGGAGAAUUUACGGCCAAGGUAAUUCUGAAUGAUUUAUUGAUUGGACUUUAUUUUGGUAAUGGCGAUGGACCUCAACAUGAUUUUUAUCUCCCUGAUGAAUUGAUUCAACGUCAUGACAAUGUGGUUCGUAUGUUAGUUUAUUGUUGGACUCCUACUGAAGCGCAAAUCCGGAUUCAAGGAUGGCAUGUUAAAGUACCUGGUAGUGGAAACUUGAUUACUUCUUCAUCAUUGGACUCGAUUACUCAACCUGCUAUGGACUAUAUUGUAUGGAAAGAUACUGUUCGUAUUCAAUAGUAUUAUAUAUAUAUAUAUGUUUGGAUAUAUUAACAAUGAUCCUUAUUAUUAGUUGUUGUUAUUAUGAUUUUGAAAUAAAAAAAAAAUGAAAAUAUUCAUCUAUCUACCUAUU